CAAGCAACAGUCUGUCUGAACGUAGAUAGCUAGCUAAUGUAGCCAGCUAGGUGUCUCGGGCUACAGGACUAUUCCUUUAUUAUUUCAAAUGGCAGUCCUAUUUUACUUAACAUGUAUUACUUUAACGGCUGUAUUUAUGUAUGGCCAGACAACCCGGUUAUACACUGAGGAAGAUCCACUGAUAAUCUUAACCAGCGAUACCCUGAAGCAAACCUUGCACAACUCCUCAACAGCUUGGCUGGUUCAGUUUUAUUCGUCGUGGUGCGGACAUUGUAUCCAGUAUUCACCGACAUGGAAAGCUCUGGCAGGAGAUGUAAGAGACUGGAUUCAGGCUAUCCGCAUUGGAGUUCUGGACUGUGCACACGAGAAGAACUUUGACAUAUGUAAAGAGUUUAGCAUCCACUUCUACCCCACAUUUCGGUACUUCAAAGCACAUGGCACUACAUUCGAUGUUGGAAAGACAUAUAAAGGUGCUGAUCGAGAGCUUCAGACGGUAAGACAGCUGAUGGUGAACUUCCUUCAGAACCACACCAGGCAAGACCGGCCUGCGCCCUGCCCUCCCCUGGAGCCAUCCGGAACUGAGGACAUUUUGUCCUUGAUGGGGUGGAAAUCGGAGCACUAUACUGCAGUUAUCAUAGAGGAUGGAGACUCCUAUGUAGGAAGAGAGGUAAUUUUGGACCUAAUGCCCUUUGAGCGUGUGGCAGUAAAGAGGGCGUUGACCUCAGAGAAGCGCCUGCUGGAGAAGCUUGGCAUCACUGUGGCCCCUGCAGCAUACCUCUUCCAUCCUAAUGGGACCCAUUCCAUCAUGGACGUGCAAAAAAGACUACGUUUUUUCUUCUCUUCCUUCCUCAAACUUCUUCCUGGAGUGCACAGGAAACCAGUGACCUCAGUCCAUCAGCCUGCACUGUCGGCCAAUAAAAGCCAAGGCAUCGGUGAGAUGUGGAAAGAGUUUGACAGGAGUAAAGUGUACAUGGUGGACUUGGAGUCUGGCUUGCACUACCUAUUGAGAGUGGAGCUGGCAACACACAAGACCUUAGAAGGAGAGGAGCUGAAAACCUUCAAAGACUUUGUUACGGUGGUGGCUAAGCUGUUUCCUGGCCGCCAGUCUGUGGUCAAGCUUCUGGAGACCCUGCUCGAGUGGCUGGUUAGUUUACCGCUGGACAAGAUCCCUUAUGAUGCCAUCCUGGACCUUGCCAAUAACAAGAUGCGGAUCUCAGGGCUGUACUUGAGCCAGCGUGUGCAGUGGGUGGGCUGUCAGGGCAGCAGCACGGCUCUGCGAGGAUAUCCCUGCUCCCUCUGGACCCUAUUCCACGUGCUCACCGUUCAGGCCGCCAGCCGGCCAGACGCUCUCGCCAACACCGCAUUGGAGGAAGAUCCGUUGGCAGUGCUUCAGACCAUGCGCCGCUACAUCGGAACUUUCUUCGGCUGCAGCGAGUGUGGCAGGCACUUUGAGGCGAUGGCCCAGGAGUCAAUGAGCCAGGUGAAGUCGCUAGAAAAGGCCGUGCUCUGGUUGUGGAGGAAGCACAACCAAGUUAACACCAGGCUAGCAGGGUCAAUGAGUGAGGACCCCAUGUUUCCCAAAACGCAAUGGCCCACGCCAGACUUGUGUCCCGCCUGUCACGAGGAGCAGGAGGGCCUCCACGUGUGGAACGAAGGCAUGGUGCUCACGUUCCUCAAGCAGCACUACGGCACCGCCAACAUCUCCCCCAAAUACACCAGCACCAGCCGCCCGCAGGCGGGCCCCCCCACCCCUGCCGAAGCCGCAGCUUCCACCCCAGCUGGCCUUCUCCCCAGAGGGCCGAAGCCAUUUCCCGAAGGCUCCCCCAAGCACCUGAGGCGGAUGGACCUGAUGCGUGGUGCUGGGGAGGGUGACGUAGCAGCCCAGAUGGAGCACAGGCCAGGAGUAACGUUCCUGGGGAUCGGCUUCUCCAGCGUGGACAUGAGCCUGUGUGUGCUGCUCUACGCCGCCUCCUGUAUCUUCCUCAUGCUCAUGUUUUUCUUCUUCCGCGUUCGCUCCAAAAGGUGGAAAGUCCGGAUCCACCGGCCUUAUGUAUAGCAAGCAGACACUACGUCCAGGACCUGUGCCAAGAGACUUGGGUAUAAAUAUAAGAAACAUCAGCCAAGGGUUGAAGGAAACUUUAAUUUAUUUGUUCAUGAACUUGCUGUUUUUUUGGUUGUUGUUUUUUAAGUUCUUUUCCCUGUGAAUAGACCAUGACCUCUUCCUAAUAGUGAACUUGAUUCAUGAUUGACUUGAUAUCCAGACCUAGCUGUAAGGUCAAUGGCUUGUUUGGUUUUGGAUCAUUUUUCAAUCCUACCACAAGCUUUUUCAGUCCCAUCACAAGGGAUUGUUAGAGGUGAAACUAUUUUAUUAGUAAAAUGAAACAAAUUUGACAACCAAUGUCAAAAAAAGUCUAUUUUUAUGAAAAUAUUAUGUAUAGCAAAGUUAUUUAUACAGAUUUUUAAUGAAGCAGAGUGUGCCCCUAAUUUGUCAGGAUUUCUACACUCUGCCACACUGGCCCGUAUUGCUUUUAAGGAAUUUCGAAACGCAGCCGAUAGUCUUGUUUAUGGCAUCACCUAAGGAUACCAUCUGAGCUGCUAGCCCUCAAAUCAUUGUCUUUAAUUAACAUCAGAAAAAAAAAAAGAUUUUGCUUAUCAAACUUCUAGACAUUUAUGAUUAGUAGUCUAGCCUACAAGGACCACUGGCCUCUUUUGAUAAUUGCUUUCAUUGAACCUCAUUAUUAAUUCAGUUCAUGUAGUGAUCUGUGACGUGGUGGUGUUCUCAGAUCUGUGCUAGACUGCUGGACCAUGUAGCAGACUGACUACUCUGAUGCUUUUUUUUAAUCACAUAACAGCUCCUAUGUUUGUCACAGUUAUUAUUUCUUAAUGCUUACAUGGGAAGUGCAUUUCUUGAACAUUGACACCAUUCACUACAAUUGAUUUUGGUUUCUGUGCCCAAAUUGUAUUUUUAGCUUCUUUUUGUCACAGCUACUGCGCAGCUUGAAGGACAGAGAUCCGCUUGAUAUUUGAAAUGUUGAUAUGAUAUUUCACUGAGUGCACACUGAAAUUAUAAAUAUGGAAAUGGAUAGUCUCUUAAUGUAUCUCAUAAGGAUCAGGACUAAUGAGAAUUGUUUUAUUCUUUCUUUGUUGAAAUGACUGGUGAACCAGAAGCAUUUGAGCUUUAAAUACAUAUUUCUUUAAAUGUUUUAAUUUUAGUAGUUGCUGACAUAAUGCACAUUUUGCGUAUUUUAAUGCAGUAAUACAGAUUUAAUAUGAAAUUAAAACUUUGUACUUGAAAGUGA